AUGUUUUGUAUCUGUGGAGCAAUCCUUCAAUGGUUUUCCUCAUUUUGGGAAGGGGUCUUUUUUCCAAUGUAUUUUUAUGGAAUCGUAUUUAUUUGUCUUUUUAUUUGCAGAGCAAUGAAGAGCGACUUAAUGGUUAUUCUGGAUAACUCACUGUACAGCAUAAACAAGGAUUACACAAAGGAAAGACUGCAGUGCCAGUUAGAUGUAGUUAAGAAUAUAACAGAGCAAAGAUUAAAUGAAUCAGCAGAGUCAACAGUUGGUGUAAUGACACUAGGACGAAGUAAGACCAUUAAGAUAGUCUCACCCACCUCAAACAAGAACACAAUAUAUUCGUACUUACACUCAAUUCAAAGGGAUGAGGAUAUACAUGGUGGUAAUGCCAUGCUUAUAUCUAGGAUGGCAUUGAAGUAUAGGACUAACCCAAGGCAGAGUAUUCUCUUGUUCCUGGGCAGUCCUAUAGAUGAUGAUAAUCUUAUGCUGACAAUUGAAUCAAUUGAAGAGACCUUAAGCAAUAAUAUAUUUGUAGGUGUUGUUCUAUUCGGCGAGGCAUUAGAACAUUAUACACUCUUUAAAAGUGCAAUCACAGAAUCAACUGAUUUUUCAUGUAUUCCCAUAGAACCCAACCAGUCCUUUAUGGAAGGUGUAUCUACAGCACUUAAAGAGACCGUUGAGGAGAUUGAUCCUGAGCUAGAGUUGGCUAUUCGUAGAUCAUUAGAGGAUGCAUCUACUCCUAACCAGUAAUAAAUC